UUUUUUUUUUUUUUUUUAAUGUCGAACACUGCAGAACUUUCAAAAUUAAAAGUCGUUGACCUUCGUAGUGAACUUAGUAACCGUAAUUUAUCUACAAAAGGGAAAAAAGACGAAUUAGUAGUUCGUUUAGCUAAGGCUAUUGAAGAGGAAAAUAAAGAUAAUGAACAAUCAGACACUUUAGAACAGCCAGAUGGACAAGCUACUGAGAAAUCAGAAAUGGAAGAAACAUCAGAAAAUAAAAUAGAAGAAAAUCAGUCUUCUGAAGAGAAUAUUGAGCAAUCACAGAUUGAAGAAAAGGAGGAUCCAGAAAAAACUAAAGAACAAGAAAAGAUGGAUGAAGCACCAAAAGAAGAGGAUAUACAAGAACCCGAAAAAUCGAUAACUGAAGAGACGCAACAAGAAGCAAUAAAUAUAAAAUCAGAAACUGAAGUAAAAGAUAUGACAUCUCAACCAGAACAACAGCAGGGAACUGAAGAAACCGAUGAAGCUCAGCAAGAAAAGGAAGAAGUAAGUAAACAAACUGAUAAAAAGCCUUCUGAAGAAGUGAGUCAAGAAAAGAGCGUUAAACAGUCAUCAGAAGCAGAAAAGACAGAAAUCGAUUCUAAUAAAAGAAAACGCUCAGCAGAUGAAAUAGAUGAUGAGAAGCGUACAAAAAUGAAAACAGAAGAAGUAAAUGAUGCUAUUAACAGUUCAGCAUUAUACGUGAAGGGCUUUAUUAGACCUUUAAUUAUUCGUCAUGUUCAAGAAUUGUUAUCAAAGUAUGGAGAAGUUAAACGUUUUUGGAUGGAUGCUAUAAAAACACAUUGUUAUGUUAUUUAUAAAAAUGAAUCAGAAGCUAAAGAGGCGUUUAAGAAUAUAAAUGGACUUAAAUUCCCUGUAGAAACUGGCAAAGAGUUAACAGUUGGAAGUCUAACAAAUGAACAGAUUGAAAAAUUGAUAGAGCUUGAACAUAAUGCAGCAGAACAGCGACUUAAAGUUGAUUGGGAGUCCAACAUUGAAAAAAUAAAAGCAGGAGAAACUUUACCUGAGUCACCAACUACAGAAGGCCAUAGAAGACAUAGAUCCAUUGGUAUUGAUCAAGUUGCUAAACAAUUAGCACAAGCCUCAUCUGAACCAGUUUCGCAAGCAAGAGAAGUUCGUAUCGAAGGUUCUCGUCAAAAGCAAAAAGAACUUUCUUUAGAUGAUUUGUUCCGCAAAACAAAAGCACUUCCUCAUUUAUAUUAUCUUCCUAACACUGAUGAAGAAGCAAAGAUUAAGUUAGAAAAGCUUCAGAGACUUGCAUAAGUUUGAUUUAUGUAUUAAUAUCUUUUUUUUAUAUCUAUAAUGAAAAAAUAAAUAAGAGACUAUUGAAUAUUAACAUUGACAUUAUCUCGUUCCCGAUAAUAAUGAUAAAGAUUCCUGUUGCUGCAUAAAAUUAUUUUAUUAAUGAUUAAAAUAAAACAUAUUCAUUAAGG